GCUGAUCGCGUGCAUUGUCGCCGGUAGCUAAGUUCUGUUGCCAUUUUACAUCAAUUACAUCGCAAAAGCCAAAAAAAUGUAACCAAGUAUAUCAGGCAAGAGAGAGAGCUUGGACCGGUUCCUUAUAUGACAGAGACGUCACACAUUUGAUAAAUGGUUCGGGGAGAAUGAGUGGCCUCCAGGAACUCCGCGCUGCUGGACUUGUGAUCUACCGCUGCAUCGCUACGGAGAUACAGUACCUCUUGAUGCAGGCGUCUUACGGAGACCACCACUGGACCCCUCCGAAAGGCCAUGUUGACCCGGGAGAAUCUGACUUGGAAACGGCUCUGAGGGAGACGCAGGAGGAAGCCGGGUUGUCUCGUAAUGACUUUACGCUUCUCGAGUCCUUUAAGAAGGAGCUGAAGUAUGAAGUGCGAGGGAAACCCAAGACCGUCAUUUACUGGUUGGCCGAAAUGAACGACAACAGCAAAGAGGUUGCCUUAUCGGAAGAGCACCAGGAGUUCCGUUGGUUGCCCUUGGCCGACGCUUGCAGUUUGGCGAAGUUUCCUGACAUGAUAUCCACCCUCGAAGAAUGUGAGGAGUUCAUCAAGAAAUACAAGCAAAAAUGAGGGAACCUUAUUAUAUGUAUGUGAUAAAGUAAGCAAGGGAUUAUCAAGUCGACCGAGACAGAGCUUCUACUCUCCGCCUGAAAAAAGAAAGAAGAAAGAAAAAAAGAAAGAAGAAGAGAAAGAUGAUUUGAUAAGAACGGAUUUAAUUGUCUACUGUGAUACUUCAGCGAUUUUUUUCCCCCUUCAGAACCAUUCAGAUAUAUUACGUAUUACUUUUAUUAUGUGUGUGUACUUGCUGUAAAAGAAAUAAAAAUGUGUUUUAUA